ACAUGUGAGUUGGCUAUCAGAUUUUCGUUGUUCCAGUGACAGAUUUCCUGGGUAGAAACUCUCAACUUAAAUUACUAGUCUCGUUUCCAAUGAAUAAUGAUUUGUUUUAUGAGAAAAGAACCACAAAAUGAAGUGAAUCUUAAGAGAUCCAAGUUUAUUUUUGUCUUUAGGAGGUUUAAUAAGUUCUUAAAACUGUUCUUGUCAAAUUCAUUCAGUUUUGACAUGAAAGCAAAUAAUUAAAAAGCAAAAUAUGAAGACAUCAAAAUCACUUCUUGUGAUCAAGGCAAACACCAGAUCCCUUUCUUCUUGAGAUUCAUCAAGAAUCUAAUUAGUUUCCUAUGUAAUAAUGUUUCAUCCCGAGAAAGCAAAGGACUCACAGGAUUAUCAUUGGGAGAUUUUGGGUAAACCACCAAAUCAAAAGGAAUGGAUUCAACCUUGUAUAAUGCUGCGAUGAGAGGCAAUUUCGUAGAUGGAAAUUUUCUACUUGCUGAUCAUCUAAAAAUGGAUGAAGAAAAUGACGACCAAGUCACUCCAAAGGGCAGCACGGUCCUCCAUGUCGCAACCCUCUAUGGUUACUCCCAUUUUGUUGGAGAAGUCCUUAAGAUUACUCCAACAUUGUUAUGCUGUCAAAACAAGAAAAAGGAAACCGCUCUUCACAUAACAGCUAAUGAAGGGCACACUGAAGUAGUACGUGUGCUACUUGCAUGUUUAGGAGAUUAUAAUACUAAGGAGAAGCUCACGAGGAUGACAGAUGCUACUGGAGAUACAGCCCUGCACAAGGCCGUGCGGAGCCAACAUCUAGAUAUUGUCAAGCUCUUGGUGAAAGAAGAUUCUGAAUUUGAAUUUCCGGCCAACCACGCUAAUGAGACGCCGCUGUAUCUGGCGGCAGAGUCUGGUUUUCAUGAUGCUUUGAUUACUAUCUUGGAAUCCUGCAAGAAAAUAACUUAUGCUGCAGGUCCAUCUAAUAGAAUGCCUCUGCAUGCAGCUGUAACUCAGGAACAUAAGGAUUGUGUUAGAUCACUAUGGCGAUGGAAUAAGCCUUUAUGCGAGGACCCUGACUUAUGGGGUUGGAAUUCACUGCACUAUGCUGUUAAAUUAGGAUUGGAAGACAUAGUUUCUGAUAUGCUGGGGUGGAAGAAAUCCUUAGUGUACCUUCCGGCAGGCAAUGAAAAUGACUGGACGACAGCAAUUCACAUAGCAGCCAGUGAAGGUGACAUAAACAUGAUAAAUGAGCUAUUAAAACACUGCCCUGAUUGUUGGGAUAUGCUUAACAGCAACAGUCAAAAUGCUCUCCAUGUUGCUACAUUGAACAAUCAAGAAGCGGUAGUCCGCUUCUUAUUAAACUCUGAAAGGUGCGACAGCUUUGUUGAUGAGCCAGAUAGUGAUGGCAACACUCCUCUCCAUUUGCUGGCUGUCUCGGGGAACCAUGUGCCAGAAUUAAUAAACCAUCCCAGAGCAAAGAAGAUGUCAUUUAACAAAGAAAACAAGACUCCACUUGAUUUGGCAUUGCUAUGCACAGUGACAACAAAGAAGGAGAAAUUGGUGGACGAUUUGUGUAGCAUUAGCCGACUUGGACAACGUGAAUUUGAGGUCAAGCGAAAGUACAAGCCAAUGCCAGAUCCAAAUGAUAAAACAGGAAUGGGAAGCAAGAUGCGACAGAGGAAGGAUGAUCAUGAUAAAGCUAGGAAGGAAGAACGAAAAGAAAUCGAAAAUAUUAUGAAGGCAGCUCAAAUGCAUAUUGUUGUGGCCACUCUAAUAAUGACAGUUGCCUUCACAGCUGGAUUUACACUGCCAGGAGGUUUUGACAGCAACACCGAUAGCCCUAAUAAAGGGACAGCGAUUCUAUUAAGGAGUAAAGCAUUUUGUGCAUUUGUUGUUACAGAUACCAUCGCCUUCACAUCCUCUGCUGUUGCUAUAUUCACCUACUUUGCCAUGGCAGCAAGUGGAAUAACUGAAACAGAGUUGCCAGUUGUGAGUCGACUUUAUAGGAUAGCAACUCAUUUACAACUUGUGGCCAUGUCAGCUGCUGUACUUGCAUUUGUAACUGGUAUGUAUGCUACUUUAGCACAUUCAGUUGGUCUCGCCGUUAUUGUCUGUAUCAUCGGUUGCAUCUCUUUCAUUAUGUAUGUGUGGAUUAUCAUUGUUCUUGGAGAAUACGAAGACUUCUCCGCUAGGAGUGGGGACUGGAAAAAGGCUGGACCACAAGAAGUAAUGGACCCAAUCCUGUACAAUGCUGCGAUGGAAGGCAAUACAGGUGGAGAUGGUGAUUUUCUACUUGCUGAUCAUCUGCAAAGGGAUGAAGAAAAUGGGUACCAGGUCACUCCAAAGGGAAACACAGUCCUCCAUGUUGCCGCCCUUUACGGCCACUCCCAUUUCGCGGGUGAAGUCCUAAAGAUUACUCCAACACUGUUAUGCCGUCGAAACAAGAAAAAUGAGACUGCUCUUCACAUAGCAGCUAAUGAAGGGCACACUGAAGUAGUCCAUGUGCUACUUGCAUUUGUAGGAGAUCAUAAUAUUAAGGAGAAACUCAUGAGGAUGACAGAUGCCAAAGGAGAUACAGCCCUGCACAAGGCAGUGAGGAGCCAACAUCUAGAUGUUGUCAAGCUCUUGAUUAAAGAAGAUCCUGAAUUUGAAUUUCCGGCCAACCAUGCUAAUGAGACGCCGCUGUAUCUGGCGGCAGAGUCUGGUUUUCAUGAUGCUUUAAUUAAUAUCUUGGAAUCCUGCAAGAAACCAACUUGUGCUGUAGGUCCAUCUAAUCGAACGCCUCUACAUGCAGCAGUAAUUCAGGAACACAAGGAUUGCAUUCGAUCACUAUGGCAAUGGAAUAAGCCUUUAUGUGAGGAACCUGACUUAUGGGGUUGGAAUUCACUGCACUAUGCUGUUAAAUUAGGAUUGGAAGAUGUAGUUUCUGGUAUGCUGGGGUGGAAAAAAUCGUUAGUGUACCUUCCGGCAGGCAGUGAAAAUGACUGGAUGACAGCAAUUCACAUUGCAGCUAGUGAAGGUGACGUAAACAUGAUGAAUGAACUAUUAAAACACUGCCCUGAUUGUUGGGAUAUGCUUAACAGCAACAGUCAAAAUUCUCUCCAUGUUGCUAUUUUGAACAAUCAAGAAGAGGUACUCCGCUUCUUAUUAAACUCUGAAAAGUGCGACAGCCUUGUUGAUGAGCCAGAUAGUGAUGGCAACACUCCUCUCCAUUUGCUGGCUGUCUCGGGGAACAAUGUGCCUGAAUUAAUAAACCAUCCCAGAGCAAAGAAGAUGUCAUUUAACAAAGAAAGCCAGACUCCACUUGAUAUAGUAUUGUUAUGCACACUGACAACAAAGAAGGAGAAAUUGGUGGACGAUUUGUGUAGAAUUGGCCGAUUUGGACAACGAGACUUUGAGGUAAAGCGCAAGUACAAGUACAUGCCGAAUGCAUGUGAUGAAGCGGGAACAAGAGGCCACAUGAUCAACCUCCCGGAGAAGGAUGAUGCUGAUAAAGCAAAAAAAACAAUGGUCGAAAAUAUUAUGAUGGCAGCUCAAAUGCAUAUUGUUGUGGCCACUUUAAUAAUGACAGUCACUUUCGCCGCUGGUAUCACAUUGCCAGGAGGUUUUGACAGCGAUAGCCCUAAUAAAGGGAUGGCGAUUCUUAUAAGGAAAACAGCGUUUCGUGCGUUUGUUGUUUCCAAUGCCAUUGGCUUCACAUGCUCAGCUGUUGCCAUAUUCAUUUACUUCCUCAUGGCAGAGCAAAGUAGACAUCCUUCAAGUUCUGCAACUGUAGAGAAGCUUUAUGAUGUCGCAGGUAUUUUGCAGUUCUUGUCAAUGUUAGCAGUUGUAAUUGCAUUCGCAACGGGUAUGUUUGCUACUUUAGCACAUUCACUUGGUCUGGCAGUUACUGUCUGUUGCAUAGGCUGCCUCACUUUUUUUAUGUACUUCUUGGUUGUUAGAUGGAUUGUACGCCAUAAUGCCUAA